AUGCCGAUAGAUGUCCAAAAGUUAGACAGCUUUAGCAUCGGUGAUGAUCCUAAAUCAGUGGGUACCAGAUGGAAAAAGUGGAUAGGCAGCUUCCAAAUUUAUUUAGAAGCACUAGGGAAAAUAAACGAAAAGCAGCAGAAGGCUUUGUUUCUUCAUACUGCAGGGUUAGAAGUUCAGGAAGUAUUCAAUACUUUGAAUUUAACAGGUGAUUCAUUGCAGGACGCAAUUGAAGGGCUUACAAAUUAUUUUGCUCCUCAAGCAAAUAAAUACUUUGAACGUUAUCAGUUCAUAGAAGCAUCACAGGAAUCAGGUGAGACAAUAGAUUCUUUUGUAACUAAGUUAAAGAAAUUAGCUUCAACUUGUGAAUUUGGAGAUCUAGAAGACAGGUUAAUAGAGCAAAUUAUAGUAAGAAGUAACUCGCAAGAGCUUAGAAAGAAGUUACUGCAAGAAAAGAAGUUAAAUUUGCAAAAAGUUCUGGAAAUAGCAAGAGCAAUAGAAACUGCUAAUUACCAGUCCAGUGUCAUUGUAGGUAAGACUCAUAACAACAGUAGCCAGGUAAAUCAUGUAGCCUAUAAAAGGAGUUACCAACAUGCAAAGACAGGGCAAACAAAUGAAACGAGUAAGCCUAGCCCAGGUAUAUUCAAGUAUAACAAGGUUAAACCUAAUGCAUACUCACAGAAAAGUCAAGGUCACAUAGGGACACAAAAACCUCAAAAGAAAUCGUGCUUUAGAUGUGGUAAACAAGAUCAUUAUAGCAAUGAUUGGGAUAAGUGCCCAGCGUCUGGUCAGACGUGCAACAACUGCAGGAAGCGUGGUCAUUUAACAAACAAAGUGCUCAAAAGUUAUAAUGGUACAAACAUAGAAGUAGUUGGUUCAUCACAAGUGAAAGUUCAAUACAAAGAUCAAGAGAUAGAUUACAAAGAAGUAUUUGAAGACAGAGUAGGAACAGUAAAGAAUGCACAAGCAGUCUUAGUUUUAAAGGAGAAUGCUACUCCUAGAUUUUCUGCUCCAACGACCAGUUCCAUAUGCAUUGAAAACAGCUGUGGAAACUGA